AUGGACUGUGGAACCGCUGUGGUGGUUGAGAACAUUAUCUCUUCUCUCCUUGAGACUUUGUCCGAGGAAGUGGUCUCCCCUAUGCUGCUGGAAUUUGCUCGCAAAGAAAAGCUCCAUAACCAUUUCAAUAAUUGGCAAACCAUUCUCCUCAAGAUCCAGGCCGUGCUCGAAGAUGCAGAGGAUAGGCAGUUCACUGACCGUUUCGUUAAGAUAUGGCUUAACGAACUCAAAGACUUGGCCUACGAUAUCGAGGAUGUGCUUGAUGAUUUUUCCACGGUGGCUCUGCGUCAAAAGUCAAAAGAAGAAAGUCAAACAAUCAUCGGCAAGAUACGAAAAUACGUGUAUUCCUUUUUCGAUCAAUUUACUUUUAAAUACUCAUUGGCAGCUCAAAUAAAGGAGAUAACCGCAAGAAUGCAAAAAGUUGUUAAACAGAAAGAUGACCUUGGUUUGAUAGAAAGAAUUGGGGGUAGCCGUAAUAGGGGGCAGCGAAGGAUUGCCAGUACUUCUUUAUUGGAAUGGGGGCUUGGGAAAACUACUCUUGCUCAGCUCGUUUAUAAUGAUGAUAGAGUUAAGACUUUCUUUAAAUUGAGAGCUUGGGUUUGUGUUUCUGAGGAAUUUGAUAUUGUUAGGGUGAUGAAAACGUUGUUAGAAUCAUUGACUUCAAUGGCUUCAGAUAAGAAUGACUUGAACGAGCUGCAAGUUGAAGUGAAGAAGAAGCUGUCUAAGAAUAGAUUUCUGAUAGUUCUAGAUGAUGUUUGGAAUGAGAACUAUAACGACUGGAUGGCUCUUCGCAGUCCUUUUGAAGCAGGUUCUCCAGAAAGUAAAAUCAUCGUUACAACCCGUAAUCAACCAGUUGCAUCAACGAUGGGAACUGUUCCUGCUUUCCAGUUGAAAGAAAUGUCGUAUGAUCAUUGUUUGUCUUUGUUCGCACAACAUGCUCUAGGGAGUACAAAUUUUGAUAAUCAUCCAAAUUUAAAAGUAGUUGGUGAGGCAAUUGUGAAAAGGUGUAAGGGCUUGCCUUUGGCUGUGAAAACCCUUGCAGGCCUAUUGCGCUGCAAAACGGGUUAUCAUGAAUGGGAAAAUAUACUGAAUAGCAAGAUAUGGGAUUUACCAGAAAAAAAUUGUGAUAUUCUACCAGCCCUGAAGUUGAGCUACUAUUAUCUUCCUUCUCAUUUGAAACAAUGUUUUGCUUACUGUUCAUUGUUCCCCAAGGACUAUGAAUUUCAAAAGGAUGAAGUAGUUCAUUUAUGGAUAGCUGUAGGUUUUAUCCAUCAACCAAAGGGAAUGAAGGAAGUGGAAGACUUGGGUUCUGAGUAUUUUCAUGAUUUAUUAUCGAGGUCCUUUUUUCAACAAUCAAGUGUUAGUAAAUCUUGUUACAUGAUGCAUGACCUCAUCAACGAUUUAGCUCAAUAUGUUGCUGGGGAAGUUUGCUUUAGGUUGGAGGACAAGGUUAAUAGCAAUGGGCAGUACAAUGUUUCUGAGAGGGUUCGUCACUCCUCAUUCAUUCGUCAGAAGUAUGAUGUCUUCAGAAAAUUUGAACCCUUCUACAAAACAAAAUGCUUAAGAACAUUCCUAGCUUUACCUGUAUUUGUGCCAGAUCUGGAAGUAGAAUGCUAUUUAACUAAUAAAGUGUUCCAAGACCUGCUGGCAAAACUUGGUUGCUUAAGGGUGCUAUCUUUGACUGGUUAUUGCAUCAGUGAGCUGCCAGAUUGUAUUGGCGAUCUCAGUCACUUACGGUACCUGAAUUUGUCUCGCACUAAAAUUAUAUACUUACCUGAGUCACUGUGUGCUCUCUGCCAUUUACAGACAUUAGACUUGAGUCAUUGUAAGAAACUUACUAAAUUGCCUCAAGGAAUGGGGAAUUUAAUUAGCCUCCAUUAUCUAAAUAUUGUACAUACUGAUAAUAUGACCGAGAUGCCACUUCAUAUCGGUAAGUUGAUCAAUCUCAAGAAGCUGUCAAAGUUUAUUGUGGCAAAAGGCAAUGGGCGUAGGAUAACAGAGCUGAAAGGCCUGUCUCAUCUUCAAGGGCAGCUUUCAUUAUUUGACCUGCAAAAUGUGGCUGAGAUUCGAGAUGUGAGGGUUGCCAAUUUAAAGGAGAAACGUGGACUUGAUGAUUUAGUAAUGAAAUGGAGUAGUGCUCCGAAUGAUAUUCGGAGUGAAGUAGAUGAAUUUGAAGUUCUUGACAUGCUAGAACCCCAUCAAAAUCUAAAGAAACUAAGCAUAUUCUUUUAUGAAGGAUCAAAGUUCCCAUCUUGGAUUGGGGAUCCUUCUUUUGUUAAUAUGGUGUACCUAAAUCUCUGUGAUUGUUCAAAAAUCACAUCAUUACCUUCACUUGGGAGAUUACCUCUCCUCAAGGACUUACACAUUGAGAGAAUGUGUGGAGUAAGUCUGGUGGAUUCUGAAUUUUACGGGGCUACUCCUUAUUCUGAUAAGCUUUUUCCAUCCCUAGAGACUCUAACAUUUGGAGAAAUGUCGAAGUGGGAGAAAUGGUUUCAACCUUUGGAGUUUGAAGCUGCAGAAAAAAUAUUUCCUUAUCUUCAUGAACUUGUGUUGCAGAGUUGUCCGAAGUUGGUAGGCGAUUUGCCCAACCUGCUUACUUCCCUCAUAAAGCUUUCCAUUUUUGAGUGCCCAUUGCUCACAGCACCAAAUCUGAGUCUUCCAUCUCUUCGUGAGUUGAAUUUAGAACAAUGUGAUGAGUGGUUUCUUCCAAGAUUCAAGGACCUCACUGCUCUCACUAGGUUGAAAAUUGAGAACAUUUCCAAUCUUUCUUGCUUACCCCAAGACUUUACCUGCUUGGUAUCACUUGAAGUUCUUGAAGUUGAAGAUUGUGGUGAACUGAGAUCCCUGUGGCAAGAAAGUGCCGGAUUUAAAAACCUUUCUUGUUUGAAGCGCUUAGCAGUCAUCAAGUGUCCUCAACUGUUGCAGUUGAUAGAUGAAGAUGAAGAUGAAGAGCUGCCCUCCAGCCUAGAGUAUAUUGAAAUAGAAGAUUGCAGUAACCUGGUGAAGCUUCCAAAUGGGAUGCAAAAGCUUAGAACAUUGAAAGACUUAAGUAUUAAAUGGUGCCCCAAACUUUUGUCUUUUCCAAGUGAAAGUUUUCCUUCUCUUCUAAAGAAUCUGGUAAUCUUGGAAUGUGCCUUAUUACAGUCUCUACCUAAAGGUCUGGGCCACAAUGGUAGCAGCAGCAUCACCAGAUGUCAUCUUGAACACUUGGAGAUUCUGGGAUGUCAGUCUCUCCGAUUUUUUCCAGCUGGUGAGUUACUAGCUGCUCUUAAGCACCUUGAGAUUUGGGAUUGCAAUUGGUUGGAUUAUAUUCCAGAGAGGUUGCUGCUGAACAGUAGAUCACUUGAAUUCAUUCGUAUUGGAAACUGCAAAAAUUUGAGAGCCUUACCUCAUUGCCUUUCCACCUUUGAACAUCUCACAGAGUUGCAUGUAAAUCAAUGCUCUUCCUUGGAGUAUUUCCCAGAAAGCGGGUUGCCCAUCCAUAACCUCAGAACACUGUUAAUCUUCGACUGUGAGAAUCUCAAGUCCCUACCCAAUCGGAUGCAUGACCUCACAACUCUACAACAUCUGACAGUGUUUGGUUGUCCAUGUAUAGAGACUUUUCCAGAGGGUGGUUUUCCCCCAAACCUGCUAUCACUUACUAUAUUGGAUUGCAAGCAACUCAAGUCACACUUUGCAAUGUGGCACCUGCACAAGCUUACUUCUCUUAAAGACUUAAUUGUCGGUGAUUUUGAUAGGGAUAUGGUUUCCUUUCCAGAAGACUUCACGAUUCCUCCAAAUCUUGUCCACCUGCAAAUCCAGAGUCUACCUAAGCUGAAAUCUAUAUCUGAGGGGCUCCUGGACCUUAUUUCUCUUGAAGCAUUAGAUAUUUGGAAUUGCCCUAACCUCCAGUGCUUGCCAGAAAAGGGCCUGCCUAUCACUCUCGGUGUACUUCAAAUCAGAAAUUGUCCUCUACUUGAAGAAGAAUGCCGAAAUGAGAAAGGUGCAUAUUGGCCAAUUAUUUCUAACCUUCCUCGUGUGAGGAUAAAUUAUGAUGACAUCCUCUGAACAAGAACAAGCAGAUUGCAUUUCUAGAUGGAUAGCAAAGAAAGCUGCAUAUUGGCCUAUUAUUUCUCACCUUCACUUGUGAGGAUAAGUUAUGUUGACAUCUUCUGAACAAGCACAAGCGGAUUGCAUUCCUAGAUGGACAGCGAAAACCAAUUGCUAAUUCCUCCUGUUCAACCAGAUUGCAGGUUUGAUCAUCUUUGAUCCUAAAGAAAUGGCUGCUGUUUUACUCAGGAGAUCAUAUGCUAAGUGGUGCCUCCUAAUGUAGUGAUUUUCAGAAGAAAACCAUCAAUGUUAGAACGUAAUUUAGAUUCUUAGCCGAGUAUUGCCUCCUAGUUCUACAUUACCAGAAUUCUAGAUUCCAGCUAUCUUCUGUUUAUAUGAAAUGGAGAAAGUUUUGGAGUUCAGACGCAAUAAAAGGCGAACUCCUCUGUCUUUGCCAUACAGUUCAAACAUAUUUGAUCCAUGACAAAGAAACAAGUUGCUGCCAUUGGAAGAUUCAUAUGCUGAGGUGAAUUGCCUUCCAAAGCAGUGAUAUUUGGAGGAAUCCAUAGAUCAUAAAAUAAAUUCCCAUGAAUGUAUUUCCUGAUAUAGCCCACACUACAAGCAUGAUGAGUCGCAGAUAAUUUCUAUUCACCUAUAUUGAUGAUGCUUGGAAGGUUCAGACUGUACUUUCUCUCUCAAGGAAAGCUGAGCAACCCUUCUCGAUGUCAUUCAGCCUGUUUACAGUAUUGAGGUCACUGAUCAGCUGUUGAGGGUGGCUUAUGAUUUGAACUUGAUGCCAACUUGUUUAUAAUGAUGCCAGAGUCGAGACUCCCUUUAAUUUGAGAGCCUGGGUUUGUGUCUCUGAGGAUUUGAUGUUGUUAGGAUGAUGAAAAGUGAGAACGCGGUUGGAAUCCUUGACUUCAAGGACUUCUGAUGUAAAUGACUUGAACGAGCUGCAAGCUGUGAAGGAGAAACUGUCUAAGAAUAGAUUUCUGAUAGUUCUAGAUGAUGUUUGGAACGAGAACUAUAAUCAUUGUAUGACUUUUCUCAGUCCUUUUGAAGUAGUUUCAGUGGAAAGUAAAAUCAUUGUUGCAACCAGUAAUCAACGAGUUGCGUUAAUGUCGCGGGUGACUAAUGACUCAAAUUCUUCUCUCUGGUAAUCUAUAAAUUAUCUGAUCCUACCAAGGGUUGCACUGUUA